AUGCCUCUUCCAGAUCUCAGCUUUACGCUGGAUGACUUUGAUCCCGAACACGAAGCUUUAGCAUCAACCAGAGAAAUGGGCAGCCCGGAACUCCCAGAGGAACCUGAUUACAAGAUCAACAGUUCCACCCUUGAACGUGCCUUUCCGGAUUUCUCCUCCGACGAUGAGGAUGCAGACCUGUCUGACCCUCAGAGCGACCUUGAACUGGAGCUAGGCAGAGCCGCUGCCAAAGCCCCUCGUCGCCUCGACGACUCACGCGAUUCGAUCAUGACCUUCCAAAACAGCGUUCGCUCUUCCUCUCCUGCUAUUCGUUUCGACUAUCCAACACCUCAAAAGAACGUUCCAAGUCGUGGUACUGGUCGACGCGCAGCCAGUGAGAAUCUGCGAAGGGAUGCGCAAUUGCGACGCGCCAGUCAGGCCCAGAAGGAACACAUGAAUCCCCAAUCCAAAAUCCAACGCGAUCAGCGCCGCACACUCUCAGACAUGCAUGCCAAAGUCCGUGAAAACUACGAUGGUUCAUUCUUGGGCGAUGACCGUCCUACUCAAAUUGACACGAAAACUCGCUCGACGCGUUUCGCGAACCCGAGCAACUCCCAAGAGAUUGCCGAAGCGGUUGAGCGCGCCUCUGGAGAGGCAUAUGCCCGAGAAUUGCGCAAAGCAAACGCAAAUGGUACACCCCGUGUCAACACGACGAAUAACAUGCACACCAACAACACAGCGGGCGACACCACUCGCAACUCCUUUCUACUCCCAGACCUCCCGAAUAUUUCAGAGCUUGUUUCCGGUGUUUAUGAAGAUGGAACUCCAGUAUUUACUCGCCAAAAUAAUAAGCGCUCAACUCGAUUUGCCGCACCCUCACGCGACGUAGCUGACAUCUCGCUUACUCGAGAACAUAUCCCACUCGAUGCGAUUCCCAUUCCCGAGGACGAGAAGGCUUUGUUCGUCUCCCUCAGACUCUUACAGGACAAGGUCUCCGAACUGGAGAUGUUCAAGUCCGACGCUGAAAAGAGAGAAUCGAAAGUUAUCGCGAGGAGAAUUCCGCCCUCAAGGCGACGAAAUCUCGGCAUUCCGAUAAAUACGCCGUUCAUGAUAUGGAAUACAAGCGAAAUCUCAAGCGCCCUGCUGCCGAUAACAAUAGUAAAGCAUGAAGCAACUAUCCUUGCUCUACAAAACCAGCUCGACAUUUCUGAGCGCAAAGCCGAAGUCCAGGAUGCUGCUGUCAAGCGCCUGAGCCAGGAGCGAGAGGCUGCCAUCUCUGAGCUGGGAGUGUCAUACCUCGAAGCGCGAGAGCUAAAGACAGAGAAUGAGGAGCUGAGGGCAGUAAACGCAGAGCUUAAGUCUCAGCUGACUCGUUUUGUUAGCAAGAAGAUACGCGAAGAGACUGUUGAAUCAGAGUCUAGUCGGACUGUAUCAGAUGUCGACGACAGUCAAAGUCAAGUAUACACAGAGCGUAGCGGUGACUUGAGCCGCAGUACUAGAGACGUCACUUCCAAGAGCACGCGCAAGUCAAAGGACAAGGAACGUUCCCGCUCUAAGGUAUCCGGCCAAGUUGACAGAGAGAUCGGUCGAUUGGAACAAGAACGCGCAGAGGAGGCUCUGUUCACAUUGGAUAUUCCCAUGCCGAAACGCUCAUCGUCAUCCAAACACAACAAGGCCGAAGUCAGUCGUCAAUCGGUGCCUAAGGUUCCCCGAAAGCUCUCCAACACCGGAAAACAGCGGGUGAAACGCGUCGUUGUAGAAGAGUUUACUGAGCAAACAGACCAGAGCAAGACCUCUGAUAUUGAUGAUCUCACCUUGCUAAGUGUCAUUGAUGAAAAUGAAAUCUCCCGUCUUCGCAAGACUCUGGAAGACGAGAGACUCCUGCGCAGGCAACGGCGCGCUGUUGUUGCAAAAGAGCCUACUACUACCGAUACAGUCAACACAACUCGCCAGAGCAUUUUGAAAGCACCAGCCCCCCGCAAAUCAUCCCUCCGUGAACCCAAGACAUCAAUCCCUCGUCCCGCAUCAGCUAUGGGUGAUAUCACCACUAGGUCGAUUGCAACCACCGAUGGUGACAACAGCUUGACUGUACCCAUCGCUGAUCGUCCCAGACGUCAUUCCGAUCACUCAAUUGCCCCAACUCCCCAGCGUAAAAAAUACCGCAAUGUCGACAUGACAUCUGCUUUCAUUCUUCCUGAUAUCACCUUGAGCCGUGCGGAGCAAGCCGCCAGCAACCCAACCCGUCUUCCCGAGGCAACAAAGCGUGCCCUGGAUACUAUUGCUCAGCACCAUGGUAAAAAUUGCGUUGUCUGCAAGAACGUCCUUCCUAAUGAUGGCCCUUGCGACCACCAGCCUGUCAAGGUCCCCACCCCCGUUCCCGUUUCGGAACGCAUGCCCAAGCCUACCAUUCAAAACGAGGAUCCUACUAUGCGGCCAUCCCAAGAUCCAGCCGUGGCUCUUGCCACCGUCCUCAAGUCGCUGGAGGAUGAAUUGUCCCACCUUAAAAUGUCACUGGCCACAUACCAAAGUGUGUAUAACAAGCUUGACGCAUCGCUUGGUAAACGCCAACGAAAGACUGUCAUGGAGAAGAUUGAGACUCUACUGAGAGAAAUCGACAUGAAGUCUGACCAGAUUUAUGCCCUGUAUGAUGUACUGGAAGGCCAGAAAGGCCACGGAAUGACCGAGCAGGAGAUGGAAAUGACUUUGGAGUCUAUUGGCAUUGAUAUUGGUCAGGUCCCUGAUCUGACCGGUAACACUGAUAAGUCAGGUCUUCUUGAUCUGGAUGAUGAAGGCGAGCUGCCCUGGGAAGGUAUCGAGAGCACAGCUGAGCUUAGUGGGCGGAUUUGA